AUGGUGUACACCCUUUAUGAGGGCUUUGUUCUCCAGGCAAAGCGGGGUUUGACUACACUUUCGCAUAUUCUCCGCAAAGCCGAGCAGCAGCCCAACGCUUCCAGUCUCCCGUCCUGUCGACUACACAAUGACAUGAAAUCACUUAGUUAUCAAGUGUUCGCGGCAACUACGCAAACACUGCUAGUUCUAGCUAAGCUGACGGCCGAAUCACUCCCUACCGAAGACACGAGCAAAGAUGUUAUCUAUACAUUUGCGGAAAUGCACGGGCGCAUCGACAGGGUGCUCCAGGCCCUAGACGCGGUUGAUAAAGACCUCAUCCUCGAAAAUUGCGAGGCUGUCACGCCCACGCCUCUGGGAGCGAAUAUAUUACCCCUGUCUGGGAUUACGUACGCGUGCAUUAUGCAGGCAAAUAUCUUCUUCCAUGUUACUACUGCCUAUGGCAUCUUGCGCAAGGAGGGCGUGCCUCUAGGCAAGGUGGAUUAUAUUUUACCUUUUGCGACUUCCUAA